AUAUAUACAGUAUUAGAAAUUUUUAGAUACUGUUAAACUAAAAUUAUUAAUAAAUUAUUAUUAGUGUGUAAAAAUUUAAUUAAAUAUGAACUGUUAUAAUUAUUAUCUAGCUACAUUAUUGUUGUUGUUGCUAGUUUUAUCAUCAUGGACAGUUAGUAGUCAAUCACCGGAAAUCAAUGAUGAAAUUGUUGGCACCAAUUGUAAUAUCCAAUUACCUGCCAGACCUACAGCUAAUGCCCAUACACUUGAGGGACUGUUUAUUCUAAUGAGACAUGGUAUACGUGCUCCGUGGACUACCUAUCCAUUGGAUCCAUUUGCCAAUGAGACCAACCGGUUUCCCAAUGGUGGCUCACAAUUGACCGAUGCAGGUAUUAAUCAGGCCUACAAUAUGGGAAAAUACUAUAAGAUAUUGUACAACAAAUUCAUACGGGCUAACCAAAAACAGUCGUAUUUGCGGGCAUCGGCCGCCCAACGGUGUAUCGAUACGUUGGCCAUUGUAACCAAAACAUUGUGGCCGCCAAACGCUUACAAUGAAAAAUCAUGGCAACCGAUGCUGUUUUCAUUGCCCAAACGCAUUGAUAGUGUAUUAUAUGAGGAACCGGACUGUCAGCCGGCCGAAGAUGCCGAACACGAGAACUUGGAGACCAAAGUGGUUAAGGACUAUGAGGCCGAUCCCAAGAUACAGAAAUUAUAUCAACUCGUGGCCAACAAAACUGGCCUCAAACCGGACAUGUAUUCAAUGACCAAAGCUUUCGAUUGUUUCCGAUGCGAAAAACUUAAUGGUCUUCCGUCACCCAAAUGGGUUACACCCGAUCUAUACGACCAAAUGGGUGACGUACUGUCCCAUAGGCUAAACUUUUUCUAUCAAUCGACAAAAGCUCAACGAUUGAGGGCCGGCCCAAUACUCGAGGAUUUCAUUGAACAUAUGAACAAAAUUACUAAUGCAAAACCGGGAGACAAACCAAAACGUUUGCUUAUCUAUACAUCGCACGACUUCAAGAUAGCGGCUCUGUUGGCAGCCAUUGGCGACCCCCAGCCAAAGUACCCGCCCUUUGCCGCCGCCCUGAUAUUUGAGUUGCACAAAGUCGACGGCAAACACAUUGUCCGAUCCCAGUAUGUCGACCAAAACACCCACUGGCCGUACAGUGCCAUAAAAAUACCGUUAAGCAAAUGCAAAAAGCUAGCAGGUGAAUCGUCUACCGAGUGCUCGUUGGAUAAUUUUGUCCAAUCAGUGUCCAACUUGGAACCGGUUGACUGGCCAGUCGAGUGCAAACUUAACUGUACCUAUAAUGCAUUUCAAGUGGCCGAGGAUAACCUUGGUAACACAUAAAUACUGAGCAAAUAUAAAAACGGGUAGUUGUACUGGUACAAUAUUUUUUUUUAAAAAAUUAAAAAUUAAAUAAAAUAAUUUUUUGUUACAGUAUUA